GGAAAGAGAACAGAAAGCAGAGCAUUUUUGUCCUGAGAUGGAAGGGCACGAUCGUCAGUUCAUUCCUCUCGCCAUCUCCAAAUCUCCGUCUCCGGCCGCUGCCCACUCCUUAUAAACCCAUUUCCUUCUCCAAAUCCUGAAAGAAGAAAAGAAGAAAAAAAAUAGAAAACCUAUCAUCUCCUCUCUCCCCUGAUUCCAUCUCUCCCAAUCGUGUUUCCCUUCUGAACUUACCCAACUCUGAUUUCCCCACCGCCGAUUCUGAGCAGUGAUGGGUGUGAGCUGCUGCCGGUGCUCCCACAAUUCCUACAUAAUCAUCACCAGCUUCUUUCGUCAUAAGUCUUAGAUAUAUUUUCACCGUGAUCAAAAGGGGAAAGAAGGAGAAGACUCUGUUUUUCGCUGCGCUGUGACACGACUCAGAUUCGGAGAACUGUUCGAUUUUUUUUACAGUGACGGUUGUUUUGCCUGAGCUUGCCUUUGUCAAUGGCAGCUUGAGGGGAACACACCAAACGAACAAAAAGAACUUGUGGGAUCUAGACAACACAAACAACUCACCUGUUUUUCCGUUUUCCAUUUUCUCUUGCGGGGAAGCAAAUCUCAGAAAGAAAAAAGCUACUGACUUUCGGAAAUUUCAUGGCGGCGUGUGCUAGCGGCGGCGGCGGCGGCCGCGACGGUGGCGGUUUGGGUACUGUCCUGCUUCAGACCCAUCGAGGAGGCGCUUCUCAGCCCCUUGGAUCGUUCUUCCUGCCUUCGUCUUCUUCUUCUUCUCCUUCUUUCCUCGGUCCAAGAUCCAUAGUCCGUUUCGACGAUACGAACGGAUCAACAACAACAAGCAGGCCCUUCUUCACCGCAUUUGACGCCGACGAAAACGGCGACGACGACUUAGACGAGUAUUUCCGGCAACCGGAGAAGAAGAGGAGACUCUCGGUGGACCAAGUCCAGUUUCUCGAGAAGAGCUUCGAGGUGGAGAACAAACUGGAGCCCGAACGCAAAAUCCAGCUGGCCAAGGACCUCGGCCUGCAACCUCGGCAGGUCGCUAUUUGGUUCCAGAACCGCCGCGCACGGUGGAAGACCAAACGGCUGGAGAAAGAUUACGACGCUCUCCAAUCAAGCUUUGACGCUCUCAAGGCCGACUACGAUGGCCUUCUCAAGGAGAAAGACAAAUUGAAGGCCGAGGUAAUCAAUUUGCUGACAGACAAGCUGCAGAAGAAAGAGAGAGCUACGGGAACCUUGGACUUGUCUCACAAUGAUGCCAUGUCUCGAGAAAUACCAUUGGAGAAACCAAUUGUGGAUUCUUCAGGAGCUGGUUGUAAGCAGGAAGAUAUAAGCUCAGCGAGAAGUGACAUAUUCGAUGCAGACAGCCCACAUUACACAGAUGGUGUCGUCCACUCAUCACUGCUGGAAGCUGGAGAUUCGAUUUCGUCCUAUGUCUUCGAACCAGACAACCAGUCGUCGGAUCUUUCUCAGGACGAAGCCGAUAAUCACAACAACAACAAUUUCUGCUGCAGGAAUCUGCUGCCUGAUCAGUAUGUGUUCCCGAAGCUGGAAGAUGAGGAUUACUCGGAUCCUCCUGCAAGUUUCGAGGACCAGGCCUUUUGGUCCUCCUGGCCGUACUGAAAUCGACCACUUUGCUAGUAGCUCUUCGAUCCUUUUGGUAUGUAUGUGUAUAAAUAAAUGAUGUGUGGUGAAAGAAGGGUGUUAUUUAUGGUUUUGCUGCUGUUUGUUUGGUGCUUAAGAGGAUAUGAUUGGAGUCAUGAUUGCAAAUAAAUAAGGAAAAUCCUCAACUGAGAUAGAGAAACCCUAUGUUGUUGGAAAACUCCUAAAAUGUGGUUAAUUGGGUGUUUCUCUUUUUGGGGUGGUUCCCUUUUUGUUGUUAAUAAUGGGUGGAGGGGAGUCAUUAGAGGGGUUUAAUGAGAAUGUUCUUGUUGGUGGUGGGCAAAAAUCAAUCAUUUAAAUAAAUUUACUUCUUCUGUUAAUAGUCCUAAAGUGUGGGAAUCUUAGCGCAAAACAAAAGGAAUGAUCUUGUGAUAGUGUAAGCCAACUAGACUAUGGUGCAUACAUGCUAACUGUGAUAAGGAUUUCACAAGCGUAUGUCGCUAUUUAAUAAGUUGUAAUUUUGUUUUCGUAUUCAUGUAAUGGUCACGAUUCGUCUGUACGUAAUUCAAGAGUAUGAAAUCCGUGUGAAAUCCCUCUCGUAAAUCGCAUGCGAAGAGAAUAGCAAAAUUAGCAUAUUAGUAACUUGAUUGGUGAGUGUCCUGUAUUCAAGGGCCAUAAAAGGUAGUAGGUUAUGAAUCAAUGUUGUGGACUUUCAUUCGGAAGGUUAAGUGCGACAUAUUUUGUACUUCCUGUGAUCUGUCAAUGCAUAUUGUUUAACACUGGAGAAAUAUGCAUUGAAUACCAUUUGUCUUUGUUUGUUAAAAGAAGAAAGCACUUUGUUACUAGGGAUGGAAGUCAAAAGUGAUCAUCUUUAUCUAUGGGCCAUCCUUUUCUUUUAAGGACACCUGGAAGGUUUGUUACGUGACCAUGAUUUAGACAAAUUUUAAUGUUUGUUAUGAUUGAUAUGAAUUGAAUCGGACUAUCAGCCGC